AGACAGCAUUCAUUUUAAAAUCAUUUUUGAAUGAGUAACAUCUAUUUUGAAAUCCUUUUUGAGCUAUAUUUGUGGCUCUGUAGCAAGAUCUAGUACACGUAUGCAAGCUGUCAUGCCACCUCACAUUAAAUUAGAAGUAACACUGACACAUCUGGCAAACUGAUGUCACUGCAAUAUUUGUAUAUGUUUGUUUCGCUGGUGCAGCACUUAUUUUGUAAUCAGAAUUUAUAAAGCUGUGGAGAAAAGUAAUCACUCAGUAACAGCGCCAAUAUGAACACUGUCACAUUUGCAUAGGAUUUUAAUGAUGGACAAGAGUAGUUUUAAUUCUCUAAAGUUAAAAAUAAACUUCUAUUUCGCCAUAAUACUUACACUCAAUGACUAAAGCAAGACCUUAUUAUCACUAUACUGAAAUAAAAAAUACCUUUACAGUAUUGAGUGUUCUGCUGUAAUAUGAACUUCGACAAGUCCAUUCUGCCAGUAACGAUACUGUUUAAUCAUUUCGUCGCUUUGAAAGAUGAUAUGUUACUCUGAUACAAAUAAAUGAUUAUAAAGAGUUGUUGAAUGUUAAAAAGAUGUCCCUGUCACAUAGUUUAAGAAUAUUUUGUCACUUUAGAAGGUAUUCAUUAACUUAGUUGAAGAACAAGCACAUUAUUUUGGUAUGAUACUAACUUUUCACGUAAAUAAACAAACAAUUCUAGAUCUGUGCUGUUGAAUGAAUCAGAGUAGAAUGAGAGCAGAUCCACUAAUCAUAGUUGCUGAAACUUGUAGAUGAUGGUGGAGGAGGUAGAACGCCACUUAACUUUCAAAAGUUAGGUGUAAGUUGGUAUAACAACAUGCAAAUUGCAUGUUUCCACACGUAUGUUGAAUUAUGGGAGUGGUAGCAGGGGAUCUACUUGUAAGAAAUUCAUGCCAGUAGAAACCCAGCUUUAGAGCCAGGUAUGGACUUCUGAUUACCAAGAGCAGGGGAACUGGCCUUUGUAGCAUUGUGACAACAAAAUGAAAGAUUAAAUUUGUGUUAAGUAACAUUAACAUCAUAGAUAGCUUUUUCACGCUUUCUGCUUCUACCUAAUUUUAUGUUAAUGAUAAUCCAAGGUGAUGGGAUAGAGACCAUGAUGUGGAAUAUGAACUAGAAAUAAUUAAAAAUACAGAAACAUUAUAAUUAAAGUUCAACUUUCAAACCACUGUAGAAAUAACACCACUGGUCAGAAUAACUUCAAAUUGAUAUGGAAUAUUAUCGGAGAAGGGGGAAAACUUAUGGCAGAAGAAAAACAAAUAGUUACAAAAUGUAGCAAAAGAGGGCGCUGUAAGCAUCAUGAUUUAAUAGUGGUCAACUAAAAAUGAAGAAUGAAUCAUACAACGAUACCUAAGGUGUAUGUUUGACUUUAAACAAACUGUACUACUCAGUGUGCAUGGGUGUACAGUUGUGAUACUGUUAGUUAAGUAAGCCCAUCCACCAUGGCAAGGUCAUAUCUCAUAAGAUGGGAAAAAUCUAUUUUUAAUGUCCUGAGGUCAAAACCGCAUAAAAAGCAUCACUUACAUGGGUUUUUAAUUGUUCUGAGGCAUAAAACCACAUAAAAAGUAUCAGUCACAUCGGUUUUUAAUUGUCCUGAAGCCAAAAACCGCAUAAAAAGGAUCAAUCACAUCGGUUUUUAAUUGUCCAGAAGCAAAAAAGCACAUAAAAAGCAUCAAUAAAAAUCAAAUCGUAUUAUUAAUUUCCAUGUGACUGGCGCAAAACACGUGCAGUAUGCUGUCCACCGUUUUCCACAACACUAUGCCUAUUGACACACAGUCAACAUGGGUUCAGAAAACAUCGUUCCUGUGAAACACAACUAGCUCUUUAUUCACCUGAGCAGCAAUGUAGCAGGGCAUGUAUACACACCCACAGCAGCGAAAGGCAAGAUGAUGAUAAUCUGCAUAACUUGUCAUGAAAAAGACACUUCCACUUUCACAUGGAUGCUGGUUGUCAUCUAACUUGGGAACACCCAGCUUAUGGUGUGCAUGUAGAUAUACUGCUGCCAUGAUGUAAUAUCAUCUGCACACUCAGACAGAGAAAAUACAGUAGCCUUGGUCUGUCUAUUUAUGUUUUAAUUGUUGUUGACAAUGAUGAUGAUUUGAUGAAGAUGAUGUAUCUUCAGACUGGUUUGAUGUAGCUCUCCACAUGGACCACCUUGUGCAAGCCUCUUCAUCUUUGCAUUACCACUGCAACCUAUAUCCACUUUAAUCUGCUUACUGUAUACAAGCCUUGUUCUCCCUCUACAGUUAGUGCAUUACAUUUUACUGGGUGCAUUCUGUUUUCAGACAACAGACAAGGGAAUUGUGAUAAACGGAGAUCACAUCUUUUCUUUCUUUCCUUUCUUUCUUUCUUUAUUUUUCUUUCUUUCUUUCUUUAUAUUUUUCUUUUUUUUUAUGGUUGAUGCAGCUGCUGUGGAUCUCUUUUUAAAACUGUAUUUUGCCUGAUUGAUUUCUCAGUCUUUCAAAGCUGAUGCUUUAAUGUUUUUCAGUGUGCUUAGCUCAUCUCUGUUUUGUCUGAUGUUCAUUGCCACACAUACAAAUGUAUACAGGUUGGAAUUCUAAAUUAGGGUGUUUUUGCUAAAAAUGAGAAUGUAUUUGCAGGACAUGCUGUAGGGAUAAAAGAGUGAGACCUUGUGACUCCGAGAGAUUUGUAAAGAAAUAAGAACUGUUUCUUCUCAUUGACAUCGGGGACUUAUAACAUGGUGGAUGUUUAUAGGGACCCAUUAUUGCACUCAUUAUUUUUGCUCACUUAAGGCUCCAAUUGUUUCAAAAAAUAAUCCUAACUUCACAAUCAGCAGCAACAAAAGUUAUGAAGUAUAAGAAAAAACAAAUAGGCCAUUGGACCUAGUAGGUAGAAUAUGGACACCAUGAUGAAGGCAAUCAAGAAUUUACAAGACAGAGAGAGAGAGAGUUUCAUGCAAUGCUAAGCUUUUUCUUUUUAUCGUGAUCUUUACAUCCUGGCGUAUUUGUUUAUUUUAAUCAUUUUAACAUCUAGCUUAUCAAAAUAUUUUAUCAUUAUCAGUGAAGACAAUGUUGUGUGCUGUGUAAACUCGUGAUUUCCUUCAACAUUAUGUCCAUAUCUUACUUACAAGGCCAGAUACCUUGUUUGUUUUAUGUUACACUUUGUAACUUUUGCAGCUGCUCCUAAUUGUCAAGUUGGAAUUUUCUUGAAACAGUGGGGAGCCUUAUACAUGAGCAAAAAUAAUAGCUGUAACAAUAUAAAUCCCCAAUGUUACAGAGAAGAAACAUUUCGUAUUUGUUUACAUAGCUCUGUGUGUCACAUGAUCCUGCCCUUGUAUCACUAUUAGCAAGUUCUGUAAAUAUGGUUUUAUUUUCAGCAAAUGUAUCCUCAUUUAAAGCUCCAUUCUGUUUAGGCACAUCUGCUUCUCUAUUAUUGUACAAAAUUGUGACAUAUUUCAGAAUGAAGAUAACAACAACAACAAGAACAACAGCUAAAAUAUCUAAUUGAGAAGUCAUAAUUUAUUCUUCAAACAGUUGGAACCUUAUAUAAGCAAAAAUAAUAGAUGUUAUAAUAGUUCCUUAUAAAUGUGCACCUCGUUAUAAAUCUCAGAUGUUACAGAGAAGAAACAAUUCUUAUUUGUUUACGUCUCUCUCUAGGUCUUGUGGUCUCACUGUUUUAUUACCAUAACAUCUCCAGUACAUGCUUUCAUUUUAACCAAAAACAUCUUUAUUUAUAACUCCAAUCAUUUUAGGCAUAUUUGCUUCUCAUCUAUUAUCCAACAAGUAUAACAUGUUCAACAAGUAAGAUGUAGUGUAAGUUCACAUACUCCAUAUCAUGUAACACAGAUAUGAUAACAGUUUGAAAUUCUGUUUACAGUACAGAGUUGGAAGGGCACGAUAUAAUGAAAUCAAUUGCCUAUCAAUGUAUGUGUCAAGGUCUCACUGCAAUAUUGUGAAGAAAGACAAAGGAUUAUACAUAAUAGAUGGUGGGUUUCUUUAGAAUAAUUUGCUGUUUCACGGGUGCUUUGAAGGAAAUAAAAGAUCUCGAAAGUGUCUUAAUGACAACCGAUGGCCUCAUGUUGACAAGACAGCUGGUUGCCUUGCAGAGGGCAGGGCUUGACGGUCUGAACAUCAGCUUAGACACCCUGCAGUCCCAACGCUACAACCAGAUCACGAGGAGGAAAGGCUGGGAGCGUGUCAUGGUUGGCAUAGAUCUAGCCUUGCAACUUGAAUACGACCCUGUGAAGAUAAAUUGUGUUGUAAUGCGAGGUUUUAAUGAAGAUGAAGUGUGCAGUUUUGUGGAGUUAACAAAAGAGAAAAAUGUUGAUGUAAGAUUUAUCGAGUACAUGCCUUUCAGCGGCAACAAAUGGAAUGCUGGGAAGAUGGUCUCAUUUAGUGAAAUGGUCCAAAUAAUUAGAAAGCAGUGGCCUAAUUUUGAUCCUCUGCCCAAUGGGCCCAAUGAUACCUCAAAGGCAUACCAUGUCCCGGGCUUCAAGGGACGUGUGGGAUUUAUAACCUCAAUGAGUGAACACUUCUGUGGCACGUGCAACCGUUUACAGAUAACAGCUGAUGGCAAUUUGGAGGUGUGUCUCUUUGGGUAUUCAGAGAUAUCUCUCAGAGAUGCAAUACGAAGCAAAUGCAGUGAGGAUGACUUGCUUUCCAUGAUUGGGGCAGCAGUGAGAAGAAAGAAGAAACAACAUGGAGGCAUGCUGAACCUGUCAAAGAUGAAGAAUCGGCCAAUGAUUCUUAUUGGAGGAUAACAGUGGCCCUGAACUUGAUGGCUGUAGUGAUGUCGUGAAAGCACAAAGUUGGAAGUUGUUAAACCUUCAGAAACAAGAUUUUCAAAAGUACUUCUUCUGAGAUACCAAUAUUUCGCCCCUGUUUGUGUCGGAUACACAGACGUCUCAGUUGUUGUCACGUAAUUUGAGUGUAGUGACUGAAUCUAGAAAACAGUUUCUUUUGCUUCCCUGUGCCCCAAGCAUUAUGUGCAAUGCAGGACUCCUAACAAAACAAACACACAGAGCACAGCCCUCUGUCUUCUCUUGCCGUUUCUGCAGUUUGGGAGCACAGUCCGAAAGUCAGACUCAUGUUGACCGGUCUGGCAGGGCGAAAAUGGUCAACGUGGGUUCGAAGCUGGUGACAGAACGGACUGCUACAGCACGAGCAAAGGUUUUUGUGGGACCCGAACUGAUGAAACACAUACGAGAAAAUUGCCUGAAGGUACUUAGCGUUGCUCGCCUGGCGGGAAUUGUGGGGUCCAAGCAGACGUCCAGCCUUAUCCCUCUGUGUCAUAACAUAUCUUUAUCCUCUGUGGCUGUGGACGUUGAACUGGACUCUGCUCUCAACUGUGUGAUUAUAACUGGCACGGCAAAGUGUAGAGGGCAGAUGGGCAUGGAGAUGGAAGCUCUCGCUGCUGUAUCGGUGUCUGCCUUAACAGUGUACGAUAUGUGCAAAGCUGUGAGUCAUGACAUUGUGAUAUCUGAAAUAAUGCUUCUGGCCAAAAGUGGGGGAACUAGAGGAGACUUCCACCGGACAUGAGCAUCUGUGUGGGGCAGUGAAAUAAGUUAAGUAUACCUGGUGUG